ACAAAUUCAAUUUUAAUCCUUUACUUUCUUUUACAAAAGCCAGCCAGCGGCAGCAGCCAUUUCUCUCUCUCAUUCUCUUAGUUUUUCUGGACACACCAAAACUUCAGACCUGAAACCUCCCAACGAAGGGGGGAUGGUGAAGAUGAUGAGGAAGAAGAUCAAGAUCAAGAAGAUUGAUUACUUGCCUGCAAGGCAGGUGACCUUCUCAAAGAGGAGAAGAGGGAUCUUCAAGAAAGCUGCAGAGCUAUCUGUUCUGUGUGAAUCUAAGGUGGCAGUUGUCAUAUUUUCUGCUACUGGCAAACUUUUUGAUUAUUCCAGCUCAAGUAUCAAGGAUGUUAUUGAAAGGUACAAAGCACACACAAAUGGUGUCGAAAAAUCGGACAAACCGUCUGUUGAGCUACAGCUAGAGAAUGAAAACCAAAUCGGAUUGAGCAAGGAACUCAAGGAGAAGAGCCACCAGCUGAGGCAGAUGAAAGCAGAGGAUCUUGAAGAGCUGAAUUUUGAUGAGUUGCAGAAGUUAGAACAACUGGUGGACGCAAGCCUUGGCCGUGUGAUUGAAACUAAGGAAGAACUGAGAAUGAGUGAGAUUAUGGCACUUGAAAGAAAGGGAGCUGAGCUGGUAGAAGCCAACAACCAGCUAAGGCAGACGAUGAUGUUAUCCGGAGGAAAUACUGGACCUACGCUUAUGGAACCGGAGAGGUUGAGUAAUAAUAUUGGAGGUGGAGGAGAAGAAGAAGGCAUGUCAUCUGAAUCUGCUAUCUCCACCACCUGCAAUAGUGCUCUCAGUCUCUCUCCCUCUCUUGGAGAUGACUCCGACGACGUCACUUUAUCUCUCAAACUGGGGGAGAUGGUGAAAAUGAUGAGGGAGAAGAUCAAGAUCAAGAAGAUUGACUACCUGCCAGCAAGGCAGGUGACCUUCUCAAAGAGGAGAAGAGGGAUCUUCAAGAAAGCUGCAGAGCUAUCUGUUCUGUGUGAAUCUGAGGUGGCAGUUGUCAUCUUUUCUGCUACUGGCAAGCUUUUUGAUUAUUCAAGCUCAAGUAUCAAGGAUGUUAUUGAAAGGUACGAAGUGCGCACAAAUGGUGUCGAAAAAUCGGAUGAACAGUCUCUUGAGCUGCAGCUGGAGAAUGAAAACCACACCAAACUCAGUACGGAACUUGAGGAGAAGAACCGCCAGCUGAGGCAGAUGAAAGGUGAGGAUCUUGAAGAGCUGGAUCUGGAUGAGUUGCUGAAGUUGGAACAACUGGUGGAAGCAACCCUUGUCCGUGUGAUGGAAACUAAGGAAGAACUGAUUAUGAGUGAUAUUGUGGCACUUGAGAAAAAGGGAACUGAGCUGGUAGAAGCCAACAAUCAGAUGGUGAUGUUAAGGGAGAGGAUGGUGAUGUUAUCCAAAAGAAAUACUGGACCUGCGCUUAUGGAGCCAUCUGAAUCUGCUACCUCCACCAGCUGCAACAGUGCUCUCAGUCUCUCUCUUGAAGAUGACUGUUCCGACGACGUCGUUUUAUCUCUCAAACUGGGGCUAACGGUACGCGCGGGUCGUAGACCGAUGUGCUUAAAGACUUAGAUGUCUUUCUUCAUUGUUUUCACGUUACAAAGCUCAUUUCAAGAUAUCGUGAAGUUUAGUCCCACGAAUGACAUUAUAGGUAAAAUUGUUUAUUUAUACUAUUACAACUCAUGUACACCAAAACUUAAACCAGACAAAAACAAGUGAAAUAAAUUUUUAAUGUAGGAACCAGAAUGUUUAAGAAGAAACUCAUAUAAUUGUCUGCGUGGAUUAAAUCAACACAAGUGGCCUGGGGAAAGUAACCUGAGCAAGAUAAAGACGAAGCCAUGUGUCAUGGUGGGCUCAAUCAAGUGGCUUGACAGCGCAUGACCUGUGUCAAAGUGCCAUCCUCCACACCCAAAAAAAAAAAAAAAA